AUGGGAAAACCUGAAAAAGGAACUCCAAAGGAAAUAGCAAAUCGUUGUAAAUCUAAAGGUUUACAAAAGCUUCGAUGGUUUUGUCAAAUGUGCCGAAAGCAGUGUCGCGAUCAGAAUGGAUUUAAAUGCCAUUUAACAAGUGAAUCUCAUCAACGACAAUUAUUAUUGUUUGCUGAAAAUCCGAAUAUAUAUUUAAAAGAAUUUAGUAUUGAUUUUGAACGGAAUUUUCUAACGGUUCUAAGAAAUACAUUUGGUACAAAACGAGUGCGAGCAAACGAAGUCUAUCAAGAAUAUAUUCGUGAUAAGAUGCAUGUCCAUAUGAAUUCAACCACUUGGCAUACUUUAACAAACUUUGUAUUAUAUCUUGGUUCAUCAGGGAAAUGCCGCAUAGAUCACACUGAACGAGGUUGGUAUAUUGCUUUGAUUGAUCAAGAAGAAGAAUUGAGAGCAGAAAAAGAAAAAAAUAAGGCGAAAGCAGAAAUUAAUGAUGCUGAACAACAUAUGCUUAUGAUUGAAAAACAAGCUGAAAGAGCUCGUGAAAAAGCUGCUGAAAAAGAAGAAAAGCAUCAUUCACCAACAGAAUUUCGACGUGAUGAAAAUGAUGAAAAGAUUACUUUUGCACUUCCUGCGAAUCGCAAUUUUUCGACAUUUUUUUCUGAUUUGCAUUUAUUUUCUUGGUUGAUUUCAGAAAUAAAGUCAGAGGUGAAGUCCGAAUUAAGUGUUAGGGAAAGAGAAAAUGUCAGUUCAACAAAAAAUAAGAUAAAGAAAUCAGCACUGGAUGAAUUAAUGGAAAUGGAGGAACGAAAAAAAGAAAAACAAAAUAGGAAGGAUUACUGGUUGCAUAAAGGAAUUAUUGUAAAGAUUAUGACUAAAAAAUUAGGAAUGGAAUUUUAUAAGGCGAAAGGAGUAGUCACUUCGCUUAUCGAUAACUAUGUUUCAUUGGUUGACGUCAAUGGGCAUCUUUUGAAAAUUGAUCAGAAUCACCUGGAGACAGUUAUUCCAGCUGUUGGGCGUCGAAUGUUAAUUGUUAAUGGCGCUUAUAGAGGCUUGAAAGCGGUGUUGGAAGCUAUAGAAGAAAGUAAUUUUGCUGUCAGACUUCGCAUAGUGGAAGGUUUAACUAAGGGCAGAAUUAUUUCAGUUCCUUAUGAAGAUGCAUGUAAGCUUUCUGAAACGAGUAAAUAA